GAUACAUGGAACACUUUGUGACUUACAUAUCCAACCCCCUCCCAUCCCAAUAGAAAUCCUCUUCCAGACAAAAUAAAAUCAACUUUCUUUGUACUGAACAGGUUCAACACCAUAGCCAACAGUGGGCUCUUUACCCCGAUCAUCCACGCUCACCUAACACAGCACGUAAUAACGUCAUAUCAAAAGUUUAACGCACAGCAAAGAAAUGAUGACUGGACUCAUGAUUAUGCAGCUGUCAUUAUCAGCUAACACUCCAGCCCUCUUGGAACGUGUGUUUCUUCGCAUUGGUUCUGCAGAAUCGGAUGAACAAUUGCAGAGUGCAAUAUCAAAGUUUCUUCCACCAGUGUUAUUAAAACUGUCAAGCCAGCAAGAUGGAGUUAGGAAAAAGGUUAUGGAAUUACUUGUCCAUAUCAACAAGCGAAUCAAAAGCCGUCCUUUGGUGCAGUUGCCAGUGGAAGCCCUACUUCUCCAGUAUCAGGAUCCAGCCGCAAGUUCAUUUGUUACUAAUUUCACGAUAAUCUAUAUAAAACUGGGAUAUCCAAGAUUACCGGUGGCAAAACAAGCAGAAUUGGUGCCGUGUGUUCUGAACGCCUUAGAAGGAAAGCCUCAGUCACAUCAAGACAGCCUUUUACUCAUUUUAAUGCCAGUACUUGGACACGUUACUGUACCACCUGAUCCUGAGAAGAGGAGUGUUCUUUUUGGUCUUAAUGAACGCCCACACAUUUUCAAGCUUCUGGCGGACUUUAUGCUGGACAUGCUGCUACUUCCAUAUGGUGCAACUACGCACCAGGACCAACUUCUGGAUCAAGCUCAGAGCAGUCAGCAAGAAGGUACAAGCAACAAUUCUGCAAGUACAUUUCCUGUUCCACCUGGCAUGAGUGAAUAUAGCUUCAAGAGAGUCAGUGCUGGGAAUCCAUUGACGUCGGAAGAAUUAGAACAGACUAAGCUGGGUGUUGUGAAGUUCCUAGCAAGUGGAGUGAUGAGUGAUUCCGACAUCCUUUGUCACUUGGUAGUGGCUGCUGCAGAUACGAGAUUCAGCGUUGCUAACGCUGCAGAUAUGGAGCUGAAGAAAAUUGUCGGGUUAUUAGACUGGGGUAACGUGAGCCUAACGGCGCCUCUGUACUCAUUAUUUUUGGGAACACAACUGUUGACUACGAAGUCUCGUCUGAGUACUAUUAAGGCAGAGCAUCAUCGUUCUCCGGCUAGCACGCGCAUACGCCUCAAGAUCCUGCCGUACCUCUGCAGAUCAAGGGGACCUGCACUUAUAUUCCCAGCCUGUAUUCAAGUGUUUUUUGAUUCGCUGUAUGGAACCAACACAAAUCCGAGGCUGAAGAACAUGGCUCUACAGUUUUCAAUGCUUAUAAUUUUAGGUGCCAAUGUUCAGCGCCUGACACCAGUCGCUGGAGUGCUCCUUUCUGGGCUGCUCAAGUUGAUUGCUGAUGAUGAUAACGCAUUGAAAACGCUGGCGUACAGCGCUACUGGAAAAUUGGGCAGUAGGGUUCCUCACUUAGUGAAUAAGGACCUUGCAUUGUUGCAGACAUUCUUUGAAGCUUUGUUGCAGGAAGAGCAGGAUAUUCGAAUGUCGGUCCGGGAAGCUCUUCUUAGCAUGGUGGAAGCUUUUCGUGUCGGAUUGGAUGAAGACGAUAAACAGUUUUCCGGUGUUAAGGCGUCUGGUAACAGCAGUGGCACUAUGAUGGGCAGUCAACGUCAGAUCAUGAUGCAGGCUUUACUAGCAAAUCAGGUGGAGUCAAGUGAACCAAUGGCCAGGUUUGUUGCCGUUAGAUACGCGGCGUCUGUUUUUCCGUUGAACCACGCGCCAUCGAGGUAUCUGCUGCUGUUAGCUAGUGGAGACAGUAAAGAUGAGGUUUUCACUGAAGCUCUGAAAGCGUUGUAUGGGGUAAAUCAUAGAAACGAAGAGCCUGAGAGGAGUGGAACAUCAGAGAAGAGUGGAAAUGCAGAAAACCAAGAACAACAACAAAAACAAAAAAGUUCUCUUACUAGUAAUGGGAACAUACAACUGAUGUUACCGCAGUUCUGCGACAUGGCACGGUAUCUUGCGGAGCGAGCAACGGUUCGGAUGCAGAGUGCCGCUACCCGUCAUGUUGUUGGGAACCACACUCUACCAUUUAGCCCUCCCACUUUCGUGGAGAUGCUGACUUAUUUGCGCCUGUGUCUUGCCCGGAGUGCUGAUGUGCCGUUGAAGAAACGUGAAGUUAUCCAGCAUCCUUCUCAGUUUACCCCGCUGAUCAGUAGAUAUUUGCGUCACCUCCGCCUAACUCAGGCUGGCUGCGAGACGUUGGAUCAGUACCUGAGCUUGAUUCACCAACUUUUGACAGCGAGUCCGAGUAUCGUACCACUGGCCUGUCUUCUAGAAAUACUAGGCAGUGUGCCCGACCUACUAGCAGAAAAGUUUACUGAUAAACUCAGCUGGUUCAAGGGACUCUUAUUUUCUGCAAAGGAAGAAAUACGUGAGACAUCUGCGCUUUUGUAUGGAAUUAUCAUUGCUCACGGGCUUCGUGAUUCGGCAUACGAAGAAGCUGUGCAGGACCUGAUAGGCUCUGUGAAGAGUAAAAAUCCAUUGGAGGCUCAGCAUGGCUGCCUCUUGGCAACAGCACAUGCUUUGGAGAGAAAGAUUUGUGUGAUGAAGAAAGAUAAUUUAUUGGUUGACCUUUCUUCAUGCGCUGUUUACAAAGGCGGAGUUGAGGCAAUAGUUUGCCAGUUGAAUCAUCAACAUUCGAUGCUUGUCUUGGCCGCCUGCAUUGCUAUUGGUGAACUGGCUCACUGUACCGCUCUACCACUUCCAAGUGGACCGUCAUUGGUGUCAGCAGAGGAUAGAAGUAUGACUAUGUCUAAGUUGGAUUUGGUGAAGAAACUGUUUGCAGUCAUGAAUAAUACGAAGCUUUCAACAAAGGUAAAGGAGCAUGCUGCCAAAGCAGCCGGGUUCUUAUGUGUCGGAGAAGAAUUCCCACACAGUCGUGACAUCAUUCAAGGUUUCCUUGACAUGGCAAAGGAGACUCGGGAUGUGGAAGUUCACUUCACUGCGGGGGAAGCUUUAGUUUGUUGCGUUCAGGGAGUUAUGUCUCCAUUUGCUCGUGACGUGUGGACGACUCUUGAAUCAGAAUACGAGCCGCAAGGCUUGGAUGGCAUUCUUGCUGCUCGAAACAAGGAUCUACAGUGGUUGCUUGACGAACUUCUCAACAAGUUUGCCCCUGAUCCACAUCCAAACUCAAAACAGGCGACGGGAAUCUGGCUGCUUGCCCUAUUGAAGCACUGCCCAAAACGUGAACCUGUCAAGCAGAGACUAGAUGCAAUGCAGACAACAUUUAUGGACCUUCUGUCAGAAAACAGUGAUAUUGUCCAGGAUGUAGCAUCAAAAGGUUUGGGCCUGGUGUAUGACUGUGGUGAUGAAGAGUCUCGCAGUCGUCUUGUUACUCAAUUGCUGGACCAGCUGACAUCGGGGCGUCGCAGCGUGACACAAGUCACUGGCGAUACAAAACUGUUCGAGGAAGGAGCACUUGGAAAAUCACCGACGGGUGGUAACUUAUCAACGUACAAGGAACUGUGUUCUCUGGCUUCUGACUUGAACAAGCCUGAUCUUAUAUACAAGUUUAUGCAACUUGCUAAUCACAAUGCUAUUUGGAAUUCAAAGAAGGGCGCAGCAUUUGGCUUCUCAACUAUAGCGUCGUUAGCCGGGGAGCAGCUGUCUCAGUAUCUGCCUGUUGUUAUUCCACGGUUGUACCGUUAUCAGUUUGAUCCAACUCCAAAGAUUCAGAACUCCAUGACCAGUAUAUGGCACGCUAUCGUACCGGAGACGCAGAAAACUAUUGACCUCUAUCACAAGGAAAUUCUGGCUGAUCUAUUGGCGAACUUAACGGCGCCACAGUGGCGCGUCCGCUUGUCUUGCUGUCUCGCUCUGGCGGACUUCCUUCGAGGCGGUGGCAGCAGAAGUAUGAGUGACUGUGUGGACAGUCUUCCAUUAUUGUGGACGCAGCUGUUGCGGGUCAUGGACGAUGUUCAUGAGGGGACAAGACAUGCGGCAGAAAAUACUACUAAAGUGUUAUCGAAGUUGUGUGUUCGUUGUUGUGACGUGAGCAACGGGAAGGCGGGUGAGGAAAUGGUGCGAACUAUCCUGCCUGUCCUCCUUAAUUCAGGAAUCUGUAAUACUGUGUCCGAAGUACGGGCGAUCAGUUUACAAACUAUAUCGCAGCUAGUGGGAUCGGCUGGGAAUCUUCUAAAACCUCAUCUUCCUCUUCUUAUUCCUGCUCUCCUUGAAGCUACGGGAGAACUGGAAUCUCGUGGCCUCAGCCAACUUAGCGUACAAUUUGGGGCAGAAAGGCAGACGCAGGAAGUCAUAGAUUCCGUGAGAGCGUCAGUAGCUAAGAGUCAUUACACCACUGAGACAGUAGCAAAGUGUCUCCAGUACGUGGAUGCCAGCAUUUUGGGCGAUCUGAUUCCGAAGGUGCUGGAGUUGAUGAAAAGUUCAGUGGGACUUGGAACAAGAGUGGCAUGUGUGCACCUGAUAGUUUUGUUGUCUUAUCAUCUCAAGCAUGAACUGCAGCCAUACACAGGGAAACUUCUGGCCGCCCUUUUGAAUGGCCUGACAGACAGAAACGCCGCAGUUCGAAAGAAUUACGCCGUUACUAUCGGCCACCUCGUUAGCACAGCGAAGGAUUCUAGUCUGGAGAAGCUCUUUGCUAAGAUACAGACUUGGUACUUUGAGAAGGAAGAUGAAUCAGUGCGAUCUGCUUGCGCGUACACGUUACAAGCAAUUGGUCAGCACAAUCAAGACGUCCUGAAGGAACACAGUUCAGUUGUUAUACCAUUAGUAUUUUUUGCAAUGCACGCUAAUAAAAUUCCAGAUGGCAGUAGUGUCAGCGUGUGGGAAGAUGUGUGGCAUGAAGCAACUCCGGGGACAGAGUCAGGCAUCAGGCAGCAUGCAGCUGAGAUUUGCGAGCUUCUGAAAGUUGCUUUAGAAUCUCCGUCUUGGACAAUGAAGGCUCAGGCUGCAAACGCUGUUGGCACGGUGGCGACAAAGAUUGGGCAGACGAUGUCUGCUGAACGCCGUAAUUCGCUGAUUGAUAUCCUGGUGACGGGUUUGAAUGGACGGACCUGGAACGGGAAGGAAAACUUGUUAAAGGCGUUGGCUACCAUCUGCUCUAGUUGCAAGUCAGAAUUGAAGCAGGAGGAGUUUCGUCCCGUGGUGGAUACUAUAGUCGACGCCAUGUUGAAGGAGUGUCGUAAGGAACAGCUUGCCUACAAGCAGCAUGCUCUAAAAGCAUUGGGGGAUACUCUUUCGGCCUUAGAUAUUGAUCGUUUUGACCAAGUUUAUUCCAUUGUCGAAGAUACGUUAGCUAAGGGAAGUGGAACGGAGGAAUCGGACGACGAAAGAAACUCGGAAGGAAACUCCAAGAGGCAGGCGAUACUUACGCAGCUAACUGAGACUGUUUAUGACACUCUUGGUAAAGCCUGGCCUAGCAACCAUCUCACACAAGUUCGUUAUCGUGAGCAGGUGUUGGAGCAGUGCGUGUCCUGCUUGGCUAACAGUACGAGACCCGUGCAGGUGGCUGUUGUGGCAGCCCUGGGUUGCUAUGUUGAUCGCUUGACUUUACUUAACAGCUCAAUGAUACUGGAAGAUGCAGACGGAGAGGCGUUGCGUAGAAUACUCGCAAAAGUAUACCAGGCUUUAGAAUUUGCGUUAGGUGUACUGAAGCAUACGAGACUGAGAAAAGAGGCUUUAAAUGUUUUAUAUUUGUUAGGAAAAAAAUUGAGAGCUCUGAAUCAGGCAGAUGAAUUGCGCGGCUUGUCUGCGACAUUUGGACCGUUGCUGGAAGAAUGCGUUAAAGAUAACGCUCCAGAAAUCAAAUCUAGAGUCGUUGACAUCAAGAAUUUAUUAAAAUCAUGAGCUUACGGCCCUAACCGGUUAGUAAACUAUUUGUUUUCAUGUUUGGAAUAUAAAACUGUGGGACCAUAGAUUUACUGCGUCUGCCAUGUGUACGGAUCGUUGGUUAAUUUAAGAUGUUAUAUAAAAAUUAAUAACGCUUUCUUGUGAUAAAAUUCUUACGUUCUCAUAAUAGAAACGCUUGACGGUAAAGAGUUCAGAAAGGGCGCGGACUUACGUAACCGUGAAAAAGUUUAUGUUGGAAAUGUCAACUCUUCUACAGACGUUGCAAGCGGUGAGAAGUAAUUUAUUAUAACCUUAAUUUAAAUUAUACACCUCUUUUAAUGUGGAUAACGGAUUAACGGAAUGUCUUGUGAGAUUGUCGAGAGCUUCGGACUGAAGAACCUUGACAGAUGCUGGAUAUUAAUGAAAAACGGAGAACGCAUUUUAGUAUUCGGGACUUUCGUAGGAUGGAAGUUGAGAUAUCUUCUGGGUUGUUGUGCUUUGUAGUCUACACAACAUGGAACGUACGGCAUCUGACGGUACUCGUGUCCGCUCAGUCAUCUCCAUACAGAACUUUGUUGAUGAAUGUUAAUCAGUGAAAUGUCAGAAAUUAAAUCAUCGUACGCUGUUUAUUCUACGCUGAUAUCACGUUCCUGCACCAUGCCACUUUAACGGCUGUAAUUCAGAGACUUCUAGUGCCGGAAGUACGAAGCGGAGAUGUCUGAUUGAAUUGAUGCAGGUAGUUCACGCUGCUUGUUCGUCACAAAAUGAAUGGAAACGUUACCUUUCAACGCAUCCUCGCAUCGUCAGAGACGAUCGUUCUGUUCUGAUGCUGUACGAAAAGUCAUUAUUCGAGAAGACUUUGAUUACGAGAUUUAUAAAAUGCUUUCAGACGCACCGUAGUCCGUGUACGUAACUGCUGCAAAGUUUUCCAUUUGAGUUUGUUUAUUUACACAAACAUAAAAAUGAAAUUGUUGCUGGCUUUUGAAGAUGGAGAUAUACACGUGAAUGAGCGGCACGUCCGAUAUCCCAGUCGUCGUGUCGUGAUUCACCCCUCUCAUGUCAGAAAUUUGUCGUUCGUUGAAACUAGCCUGCAACGUAAACCGCUCGUAAUUUGAGGCAAUCUUAAAAUGGCAUAAACCAUUCGAGUGCCGUGGCUUAUUGUAACAAUCAUGUAUGCAAAAGUAGAAUAAAACGAGGUUUAUAAAUUUACCGAGUUCGCAGUCUGUCGUUGAAAUGAUGCCCUUUCAUUUUAUUUAAAUAAAAUCUUUUUUAUGUGAAAUUCCGCUAUGUAAUGACACAGACCAACUUGUGUGUGACGUGUCAUAAUGAUUUAUAAUGAGCGUUAAUGUAUUUGACA